AUGGAUCGCGUAAAUCGAGUGCAGAAUCUAGUCGCUCAGAUCCAAACACAAGCGGCUUUACAAAGAAUUUUUAAUCCAAAUUUAAAUUUAUUUGCUCGAAACUUAAAACGUGCAAAUAGUAAAAAACAUAUCGUUGCAUAUAAUUUAUUAAGAAUGAUUAUUAACGAUGAGGGUCUUCUGAUAAAUGAAACUGACUGUAGGGUUAUCAGUCAAUCGGCAAAUAUGAUAUGGAAUAGUUUUACUCCGGCUGAAAAAAACAUUUUUAAAAUUUACGCAGCUCAAAUUCGAACUAUGGUCGGGGUUAGAAAUUAA